UGGCUUUAAAUAUUACGUUUUAUUUAUUGAUGAUUUUCUCGUUUUACAUGGCUUUAUCCUAUGCGUCGUAAAAGUGAAGUUGUGAGUCAUUUUAGACAUUUUAAAUUAAUGGUGGAAAAUUUAUUUAAUUCUAAAAUUAAAAUUUUUCAAAGUGAUGGAGGGGGUGAGUUUGAUCAUCAUAGUAUGCGCGAAAUUUUUCUUAGCAAUGACAUUUUGUUUCAGAAAUCUUGCCCAGAUACUCCUGAACAAAAUGGUGUUGUCGAGCGUAAACACAAGCAUUUACUUGAACUGACUCGCACUAUGCUUCUUGAGGCAAAAAUGCCAGCCAGUUUUUAGGUAGAUGUUAUGUUUACUGCUACAUAUAUUAUUAAUCGUCUCCCCACUCCAAAUUUAGAUGGUGCUUCGCCGUUUGAAAAAUUAUUUCACCACUCUCCCGACUUCUCUUUUAUGCGUGUUUUCGGUUGUGCUUGUUUUCCAAAUUUUAUUGCCACCUCUGCCAACAAAUUGUCUCCACGAUCUAUUUUGUGUGUCUUUUUGGGAUAUGCCCCUGAAUACAAAGGUUAUCGUUGUUUAGAUCCUAUUAGUGGAAAGAUUUACGUCAAUCGGAAUGUUCGUUUUUAUGAAAGUAUUUUUCCAUAUUCCGACUUGAUUUCUUCUUCCCAACCUGCUGCAUUGCCACAGUUGUCUUCGACCGAUUCUGUUCAGUUUCAUGAGAGCACCUUACCUGCACCGUUUAUGUCACGCCCCAGACCGCGUCUGUGCCACGUGGACAACCGUCGUACAACCCAAUAAGAAUAACCGCUGUUCAUCCUGACCGAAUUAUACAAGACGUCCGAAAGAUACAUAUGCCAAAACCUAUUAGUAAACAUACAUAACAACAUCAACAUACAAUCAAACACAUAGCGGAAUAUAAGUGUUUAUUAAGAACCCACACAAGGGUAAAACAAGAGCUCGCAGGCUCCAUUAAUUUAUAAGUGAAAAUAGUUCCAUGAGCAUUAUUUAAUUAUUUAAAAAUAGAACGAGAGGAAGCACGAACCACGUCUUCUCUCCAUUGAUCUCCCGAGCAACGGGUGCAGGAAGUAAGCUUUAGCUUCAACCUGAAAGGGUGGUUCCCCCGAGGGAUCAGUACUACAGAAAAGUACUGGUGAGGGCAAAUUGUAUGUAAUGUAACUAACGUUUCUCACGUAAGACCCUCAAAAUAGGGUGAUAGUAUAAUUAUGGGCAUAACUAUUAGCUACCCUUUUUCAAAACAAAAUGUAUACGUAUAUACAUAUGAGUAAAAUAUCCGGCCCGUGAGCCCAUUUGUCUUUCAAAUCAUUUAGGCGUAACAGCCUCAUUAAAUUCACCCUUCCCAUGUCUUACCCUCGAGUGGAGUCACCCGCAGGCCAACUCACCCGAUAUCAAAAUGUAAUUACUGUGGGGCCCUUCGGACUCCCAUAUCACGGACAUGGUUUAAAUCAAUUCCUAGACCAAGGAAAAUAUUCUAUCGGAAACUUGUUCCCGAUCAAGCACGUUUAAUCAUUUAAAAUCAUUACUUCGAGGUUCACCUACCUCGAGGACUAUCCGUCCUUGCUAUCAUAGUUUUCAUUUCCGGGUUAACCCCGCCUCGAGGAGUACGUAUACACCCUCAUCCUAUGUGUAAUUUACUGGAGGUUAACACACCUCAAGGACUACACGGGCCCUUGUUACCUAUAUGCACUAUGAUGGAGGUUAACACACCUCAAGGACUGCAUUUGCCCUUGUUACCUAUAUGCAAUUUGAUGGAGGUUAAACACACCUCAAGGACUGCAUUUGCCCUUGUUACCUAUAUGCAAUUUGAUGGAGGUUAAACACACCUCAAGGACUGCAUUUGCCCUUGUUACCUAUAUGCAAUUUGAUGGAGGUUAAACACACCUUAAGGACUGCAUUUGCCCUUGUUACCUAUAUGCACUUUGAUGGAGGUUAAACACACCUCAAGGACUGCAUUUUCCCUUGUUACCUAUGUGUAAUUUACUGGAGGUUAAACACACCUCAAGGACUACACUUGCCCUUGUUACCUUAUCUUGCCUUGCAAGUUCCUUAACAAUAUAGUUUGUAUCAUCAUACUCAAAUUAACUUAGGGCUGACCUUUACCAAGGCUUCCCUCUUACCUCAAACCAUGAAUGGACCGCUCCGGGUCCAAGUCAUGCUCAUAUAACUAGUGUCGGGUCCCGCCAGAACCCGAAUUACUAAUCAAGACAUUUAAACUUAACAAUUACAUUACCGAACUUAGUCGUGAUAACCCUCGGUCAACUAUAGGUCAAAUAAAAUUUUAAAGUUGGUACCCAACUUAAGCUAUCAACCCACGGGCUAGCCUCGCACCGACUACCCGCUCGAAUUCAUUGUUCGGAAUUAAGUAGCUCCGACCGGCGCCGGACAUUUCCCAACCGGCGCCGGACCUAGGCAUGCAUUACUCGGAAAACCGGCCCAGCCGGCGCCGGACAUCAGUCCACCGGCGCCUUACUUGCUUCAUUUGGCUGGCAAAAACACACGUAACCGGCGCCGGACCUGUGAUAACCGGCGCCGGACUUUGCUGCUCCUAAAGGCCAAAUCCGUAUGUUUUGAACCGGGGCCGGACGUCUCCUAUCCGGCACCGGUCAAUGCCCGGUCAACGGCCGAUAACUUUGGUCAACUCCCAUUUGACCAUCAAAACGGAGUCCGAUUGCCACGAAAUUUUAUACACUUGUACAACAAGUCAUUUUUAGUCCAAAAAUAUCAUUUUGGACGUCCAAAUCAUCACACACAAUUUAUAAUCAUUUCUGUCCAAAUUAAAGCAUAUAAAGUAUACUUAUUAAUACUGUUGAGUUUAAUCCAACACGAUAUAGUAAAUAUAUGUAUAAAUGUGUAUGAACAACUCAGUUUUUACGUGGAAACCCGAAAGGGAGAAAACCACGGGACUUUUUAGGCUAAUGUCCAAGCCCUCUCUUUCUCAUUAGGACUCUCCUCACAAUUACAUUGUACAAGCUCCCAUUAAUGGAGUAUUUGAGCUAUUCUAAAAGAAGGAGGAAGAUGAAGCCCAAGAGGAUCCCCAAAACAUGGAGGGAAGCCUCAUAUUUAUAGGGGAAAGGGGAAGGGUGCUCUCCACCCUAAUGGGCCGAACGGGCCAAUAUUGGGCCUAAUGGGCCGAAAUGGGCCUAGCUGCUCGGGCUCCGUACUGGAUGAUGUCCUGGGCUCCUGAACAGUAAUAGGCCGGGAUAAUAUAUCCCAACACAAGUCCCCCAGUUUCUUGAGUAGUGAGCUCGCGAAUCUGCUCGAGAAAAUAUACUCUGCCUGCGCUCUUCCUCUGUCUUGUUGGAAACUGUGUCUUCGCAUAAUCAUAAUAUAUGGGUGAGUGUCUGCACUCCUGAACGUAAUCUACCAGUGAGGCACCCCCGUUCCCGACGGGGUUGGGCGAAGGGUGCUCCUCCACGGGCACGCUCCCCCUGAAUGCAUCAGGCGAGAGUAAAGGACCCUGACUCGAGCUUUCCAACGGAGAAGCUUAGAGGUCCAUGCAUCUAUAAACCGACGUCGCGGUACUGUCAAAACAUGAUGCACGUGUGUAUGUAUGAAUGUAUGAGGUAUGAUGCAUGAAUGCAUGUAAUGUAUGGGUGCAAUGUAUGAGAGAGGGAAUGUAAGAUGUGAUAGGAGCGGUAGCUCUCAAUGAGAACUCGAGCAUGUCAGCGCCGAGAGGCAGACAUGCUGCAUAAGAGACGUUCGUCGCCAUCCUGAAAGGGAUGGGCGACCCUAACGUGAGCCAGACACGAUGGCGCUGGGGCGCUGAUCGUGCUGCAUAAGAGACGUUCGUCGCCAUCCUGAAAGGGAUGGGCGACCCUAACGUGAGCCAGAUACGAUGGCGCUCGGGCGCUGAUCGUGCUGCAUAAGAGACGUUCGUCGCCAUCCUGAAAGGGAUGGGCGACCCUAACGUGAGCCAGACACGAUGGCGCUGGGGCGCUGAUCGUGCUGCAUAAGAGACGUUCGUCGCCAUCCUGGAAGGGAUGGGCGACCCUAACGUGAGCCAGACACGAUGGCGCUGGGGCGCUGAUCGUGCUGCAUAAGAGACGUUCGUCGCCAUCCUGAAAGGGAUGGGCGACCCUAACGUGAAGCCAGGUACGAUGGCGCUGAGGGGCCGAUCGCACUGCAUAAGACGGUCGUCGCCAUCCUGGAGGGAAUGGGCGAGCCGAACCGUGAAGCCAUGUACGAUGGCGCUGAGGGGCCGAUCGUACUGCAUAAGACGUUCGUCGCCAUCCUGGAGGGAAUAGGGCGAUCCGAACGUGAAAGAGACACGAUGGCGCUGAGGGGCCGAUCGUGCUACAUAAGACGGUCGUCGCCAUCCUGGAGGGAGUGGGCGAGCCGAACCGUGAAGAAAGGUACGAUGGCGCUGAGGGGCCGAUCGUACUGCAUAAGACGUUCGUCGCCAUCCUGGAGGGAAUGGGGCGAUCCGAACGUGAAAGAGACACGAUGGCGCUGAGAAGCCGAUCGUGCUGCACAAGACGGUCGUCGCCAUCCUGGAGGGAAAGGGCGAGCCGAACCGUGAAGUCAGGUACGAUGGCGCUGAGGGGCCGAUCGUACUGCAUAAGACGUUCGUCGCCAUCCUGGAGGGAAUGGGGCGAUCCGAACGUGAAAGAGACACGAUGGCGCUGAGAAGCCGAUCGUGCUACAUAAGACGGUCGUCGCCAUCCUGGAGGGAAUGGGCGAGCCGAACCGUGAAGCCAGGUACGAUGGCGCUGAGGGGCCGAUCGCACUGCAGAAGACGUUCGUCGCCAUCCUGGAGGGAAUGGGCGAGCCGAACGUGAAAGAGACACGAUGGCGCUGAGAAGCCGAUCGUGCUGCACAAGACGGUCGUCGCCAUCCUGGAGGGAAAGGGCGAGCCGAACCGUGAAGCCAGGUACGAUGGCGCUGAGGGGCCGAUCGUACUGCAUAAGACGUUCGUCGCCAUCCUGGAGGGAAUGAGGCGAUCCGAACGUGAAAGAGACACGAUGGCGCUGAGAAGCCGAUCGUGCUACAUAAGACGGUCGUCGCCAUCCUGGAGGGAAUGGGCGAGCCGAACCGUGAAGCCAAGUACGAUGGCGCUGAGGGGCCGAUCGCACUGCAUAAGACGUUCGUCGCCAUCCUGGAAGGGAAUGGGGCGAUCCGAACGUGAACGGGACACGAUGGCGCUGAGAAGCCGAUCGUGCUGCAUAAGACGGUCGUCGCCAUCCUAAAGGGAAUGGGCGAGCCGAACCGUGAAGCCAAGUACGAUGGCGCUGAGGGGCCGAUCGCACUGCAUAAGACGUUCGUCGCCAUCCUGGAAGGGAAAUGGGGCGAUCCGAACGUGAAAGAGACACGAUGGCGCUGAGAAGCCGAUCGUGCUGCAUAAGACGGUCGUCGCCAUCCUGGAGGGAAUGGGAAAGACGAACCGUGAGUCUGGACACGAUGGCGCUGAGGGGCCGAUCGUGAUACAGAAAAAUAGUGAUGAUCAUCUCAUGGCCCUCGGCCUGUCGGUGAGUGGUAAUCGUCUCACGGCCCUCGGCCGUGCUGGUGAUGUGUCAAGUCUCUCUCCUGAUUGGCUGUGAGAAGCCGAUCGUCUGCCAAGACUCCAUCCGGGAAGGAAUGGUGAGCCUGAAAUAAAUCUGGGCGAUGUCCCUUCUACCUGAUCUGGGGGGCUAAUCGUCGUUCGAAGCAAAAGAAAACCUGAUGUUAGCCGAUCGUCGUCGGCCACUUCAUUCUUCGUACCUAAGUUUUGUAAUUAUUCUUUACAUAUGUUUUCCAGUUUGUACUUCACAGCCAAUAGUGCCAAGGGAUAAAAUCAUUCUUUGCUCCGUGCUCUUCUGGCAUCUUUUUUUUUUUUUUUUUUUUUUUGGAGUCUUUUAGUCUUCGUUCGUCAUUGGUCCUUGGUCCUACCGGCGUUCUUACAUCGAAGAUACGUUCGGUAUCCGCGGACAUCGCAAUGAGGAACAGGUAUAUCUACAUCGAGAUUCCCCCUUUUUCGUUCGUCCCUGGUCCUUUUAGUCUUACCGGCGUCUCUUGCAUCGAAGAAGACGUUCGGUACCCAAGGAACUCGCAGGGACGAACUGGUUUACCCUCACGGGUUCCCGUCUUUGUUAUCCCACGUCCAUCGAUCCAUGGUCAUUGUGGGAUAAACAGGUUUAUCUUGGCAGGCUCCCUUGGUUCGUCUAGCCCCCUCCACGUCUCUACUAACCUCUACAUCGAGAGGCGUUCGCCUUCGGCGGUGGGGGAAGAUCUGGCACACCCGGGCAAGAUUCCCUUCCGUAUAGGAGCUACCCUCCUCUUCUCCCUAUCUUUUUUUUUUUUUUUUUUUUUUUUUUUUGAGGGAGGUAAUCUAUGGUCUUCGUUCGUCCUUGGUCCUUGGUCCUACCGGCGUCCCUACUUCGAGGAGACGUUCGGUAUCCGCAGACAUCACAAGGAGGAACAGGUUUAUCUGCAUCGAGAUUCCCUGGUGCUUCGUUCGUCCUUGGUCCUUGGUCCUACCGGCGUCCCUACUUCGAGGAGACGUUCGGUAUCCGCAGACAUCACAAGGAGGAACAGGUUUAUCUGCAUCGAGAUUCCCUGGUGCUUCGUUCGUCCUUGGUCCUUGGUCCUACCGGCGUCCCUACUUCGAGGAGACGUUCGGUAUCCGCAGACAUCGCAAGGAGGAACAGGUUUAUCUGCAUCGAGAUUCCCUGGUGCUUCGUUCGUCCGUCCCUGGUCCGUGGUCCUACCGAUCUUCCUACAUCGAAGAAGACAUUCGGUAUCCAAGAAACUCGCAGGGAUCACGGGAUGUCACACAUAAUGGUGGUGGCAUACCAACACGAAUAAAAUGACGGGACGACGGAAUAGCUGGUCGUCAUGCGAAGGCGAUGGUCACCCUCCUGGAGGGGAGGGGUGAGCCCGAUCGCUGACUCAAGAAGGUCGGCAUUGGGAGCCGAUAUACAAUGAUCAUAAUAUCGCUGAGCAGUCGGUCUUGAUAACGGAGAUGGCAAUAGUGUCCAGUCAGGCCGAUAUAUCCGAGCAACGGCUCUCAUCCAACGCAGCGCGGGGAUGAAACCGGUCUUCAAAAGGUCCUCGUCCGCGGGGUGGCGGGGACGAGGCCGGUCUUCAAGAGAUAAGCACGCCGAGCCGAGAGGCCGGUCGUGGUAUAAUGGUGUCGGCAAUGAGCGGCCGAUCUGAGAAAAUCAAGCAACGGCCCUCGUCCGCGAGGGCGGGGACGAGGCCGGUCUUCAAAAGAUAAGCACGCCGAGCCGAGAGGCCGGUCGUGGUAUAAUGGUGUCGGCAAUGAGCGGCCGAUCUGAGAAAAUCAAGCAACGGCCCUCGUCCGCGAGGGCGGGGACGAGGCCGGUCUUCAAAAGAUAAGCACGCCGAGCCGAGAGGCCGGUCGUGGUAUAAUGGUGUCGGCAAUGAGCGGCCGAUCUGAGAAAAACAGGCACGGUCCUCGUCCGCGAGGGCGGGGACGAGGCCGGUCUUCAAAUAUGAUAAUCACGCCAUGCCGAGAGGCCGGUCGUGAUAUGAUAAUGUCGGCAAUGAGAUGCCGAUCAAGAUAUGGUCAAGCAACGGUCCUCGUCCGCGAGGUGGCGGGGACGAGGCCGGUCUUCGAAUAUGGUAAUCACGCCGGUCCGAGAGGCCGGUUGUGAUAUAAUGAUGUCGGCGAUGAGAGGCCGAACAUGAUGAGGCAGUGUCGGCAAUGAGGGUCGACCUGCAAUCCAGCAACGGCUCUCAUCGGCGCAGUGCGGGGACGAGGCCGGUCUUCAAAAGAUAGGCACGCCAAGCCGAGAGGCCGGUCGUGGUACGACGGUGUCGGCAAUGAGAGGCCGACAUGAAAGAACCAAGCAACGGUCCUCAUCCGCGCAGCGCGGGGACGAGGCCGGUCUUCAAAAGAUGAACACGCCGAGCCGAGGGGCCGGUCGUGGUAUGAUAAUGUCGGCGAUGAGAUGCCGAUCAAGAUAUGGUCAAGCAACGGUCCUCGUCCGCGAGGUGGCGGGGACGAGGCCGGUCUUCAAAAGAUAGUAAUCACGCCGUGCCAAGAGGCCGGUCGUGAUAUAAUGAUGUCGGCGACGAUAGGCCGACCUGAGAUCCAGCAACGGUCCUCAUCCGCGCAGCACGGGGACGAGGCCGGUCUUCCAAUAUGAUGAUCACGCCGUGCCGAGAGGCCGGUCGUGAUAUAAUGAUGUCGGCAAUGAUAGGCCGACCUGAAAUCCAAGCAACGGUCCUCAUCCGCGCAGUGUGGGGACAAGGCCGGUCUUCAAAACGAUAAGCACGCCGUGCCGUGAGGUUGGCGUGAUGUAAGGAUGGUCCCACGACCCUCGGCCGUAGUGGUCUCCUCUAGGCCACCGGCUCUGAAUGAUGGAUGGUCGUCUCACGGUCCUCCGCCGUGGUAGUCCACUCUAGACCCUCGGCCUCUAGGUGUUCUCUCCUAGGCCAUCGGUCUCUGGGGUGGAAAUGCUCGUCUCACGGUCCUCAGCCGCGAUGGUCUCCUCUAGGCCCUCGGCCCCUGGGUGGAGAUGUUCGCCCAUCGGCUCUCAGCCGUAAUGGUCUCCACUUUAGCUGGCCCUGGACGUCUUCAAAACUCGGGCCGAGCGUCUUUUAAUCAUUUCGCUCGAGCGCGUCGAGCGGGUUCAGCUGCGCAAUAAGCAUGGUAACGGGCCGCACGGCCCGACAAUAUGUAUACACACAUAACCAUUUGCAUGGCUUUAUUUCUAACACCCACGAUUACCGGCCUAUGGGUCAUCGUGACCCUCGGCCCGGCUCAUCGUGCGGGACUAAAGGAUGCAGCAGCUCGCGGCGGGGCCAACUGGCAGCCCGCCGAACGUCACAUAGAGAUAUUCAUCGGUCUAUGAGUUUUCAAACUCAGACCCAAGUUAGUCGCACUGCCCUCAGAAAAAGGAGGUUGGGUGCUUUGGUGCCUUCGGGCCCCACAGGCCACGUUUGGCAAUAGUCACUUCGCGCUUAAUGGCGUAGAUUGCAUUGGGGUAUGAUCGUCGAUCGGGCACGUAGCGCCGUGUGGACUAAUGCGCAACCCUCCAAUUAAAAUGCGUCGUCGGGGCAUCGCCCUUCUGGGGACGCUCGGAUCAUUUAAUCAAGCUGAUCAAGAGUGGGCCGACAGGCCCACAAGAAAUUAAAUAUUCAACAAAAUGUUGGCUGAACCAACCACCACUAGGGCUUCGCUCCACAUUCUUUAAUUCGGGACAUUUUUAUCCCUCAAUAAAUAAUAGUGGUGUAACAGGUAAUAGCAGUGAUAUUUUCCUAUCAAAGGCCAUUCAGGUAUGCUCCGUUCGCUAAUAAAAGUCGAUCAGGAGCGGGCCGGUGGGCCCACAACAACCAGUCAUUAAUUAAAAUGACGGUGAAAUUAAAUAUCACUAGAGCUUUACUCAUCUGAGCUUGCUCGACAUUAUUUAAUUUCGGGAAAAAUUUACUCCCUUUUAAAUAAUGGUGAUAAAAAUACUAGCAAUACUAAUAUUUUAAUUAGUUAACUAUUAAAUGUACCAACUUGAAAAUAGCAUAUGUACUUAGCUGUUGGAGAUAAAGCUUCGGCCAGCUUUUGGAGAUAAGCAUAUGUACGUAGGAUUGUGGAGUCACAUUUGGUCAUCCCUCUCCAAUUUUGACUUGGUCAAAAUUGCUCCAACCUUUACCCGUCUGGCAACCAUUAGUCCGUGGAUGUGGUCUUCUGAGAACCAAGUUAAAAUGACCGGUACGCAGCACUCCGCAUCACCACCCCAAGGACAGUCUGCCAGCGUCCGCCACUUUACCGAGGGAGGUAUGCAGCGGAGCAAGGAAGGCCACAGGGUCCGGUUUCGUGGGAGACCCGCUAAGCUUCGAAUCUACCUUCUAUGAGCUCCAAACCGCCGUCAAUGGCGGAAAUCUGGGAGGUCCCCGUCGGCAGCGAAGUGUGGAGUCGAGCAGUGACUGCAGGUGCUAUGAGGGAGAUCGAUGGGAAAGCAGGCCUCGAGCGGCAACCGGAGACCUUGUGAUGGAGGCGGAGGGGAGAGUUGCGGCCUGCGAGAAACGGCCGGCGUGGGCCAUCACUCUGAGUCCACCGGCAGGCAUGGCUAUCCUCUCAAAUAACAGUAUGUGAACCGAUGGCAGCUGCGAGCUCUGGUUGAUGGCAGCUACCAUGGACGGUGAAAGCAGCUUCCGUUGGAUCUGGCCAACUUCAGAGAUCCCAGACUAAUUAUUUCCUCGUCCUUGCUAAAGCCCCAGAUCCUCUGGAAGACAUAUUUUUCCUCACUGAGAAUCAGUCCAUUUUCGAAUGAAUUUUGUUGUAGAAACUGAAGAACAACGUGAAUCUUUUUGGACAGAUUCCCACAGACGGCGCCAGUGUUGAGUUUAAUCCAACACGAUAUAGUAAAUAUAUGUAUAAAUGUGUAUGAACAACUCAGUUUUUACGUGGAAACCCGAAAGGGAGAAAACCACGGGACUUUUUAGGCUAAUGUCCAAGCCCUCUCUUUCUCAUUAGGACUCUCCUCACAAUUACAUUGUACAAGCUCCCAUUAAUGGAGUAUUUGAGCUAUUCUAAAAGAAGGAGGAAGAUGAAGCCCAAGAGGAUCCCCAAAACAUGGAGGGAAGCCUCAUAUUUAUAGGGGAAAGGGGAAGGGUGCUCUCCACCCUAAUGGGCCGAACGGGCCAAUAUUGGGCCUAAUGGGCCGAAAUGGGCCUAGCUGCUCGGGCUCCGUACUGGAUGAUGUCCUGGGCUCCUGAACAGUAAUAGGCCGGGAUAAUAUAUCCCAACAAAUACCAUUAAUAAGUAAAUAUUGCCUUAAUACCUUCUUGGAUGUAUUUUAACAUUUCAUGGAAUACCCUUUUGAUUUAUUUGAGUAAUCUCAUAUUUGGUUCACAGCUAUCUAUGGAAGUACAUUGAGAGGAGGACUCUUUGGCAUUUUUUGGAGGAUUGGGCUAUGGCUAAUAAGUCUCCUUGGUUUGUGGGAGGGGACUUUAAUGCCAUAGCUGGUCCGGGGGAGCACAAAGGUCAUUCUAUUCCUGUUCUGAGUAGCAUGAAUGAUUUCAAGGAUUGCUUGGCUACUUCUGACUUGAUUGACUUACCAUUUCAUGGUACCCCUUUUACCUGGACUGGAGUUAGGGCUAACGGAAGGGUUUGGAGAAGACUUGAUCGUAUUCUUUUUAAUAACUCUUUCUUGAGCCUUUAUGAUAGCAUCCAGAUUCAACACCUUAAUAAAACAUCUUCAGAUUACUCUCCUAUCCUGUUACAUUGCAAAAAUCAAUUAGUAGCUGGUCCCAAGCCAUUUAAGUUUCAGAAUAUGUGGGUUUCCCAUCCCAACUUUAUGCAGGUUGUUAAAGAGGCUUGGCAGUCUUUUCCUAGUUCUGGAGGAAUGAGGGGCCUCUAUAAUAAGCUCCAAUCUCUUAAACAGAUUCUUAAAUCUUGGAACAAGAUUAGCUUUGGUGAUAUUUUCCAAGAUAUUAAGAAAUUGGAGGAAGAAAUUAACGAAGCAGAAAUAUUGUUUGAGUCUAACUCCUCGGAGGCCAAUAGGGAAAAUUGGUCCUAUAAACAGGCUCUUUUAUUGUGAAAAGACACAAGCAGAAGAAUGAGUUUUGGAAACAAAGGGCUAGACUUAAAUGGUUAUAGGAUGGAGACUCCAAUUCUAAUUUCUUUCAUGCUUAUGUGAAGGUUAAAAGGAGGUUGCAGGCUAUUACCGUUAUUAAAGAUUCUGCUGGGAAUCUGUGUACUGAUCCAGAUGCUAUUGCCCAGACUGCAGAAAGCUACUUCCAGGCUAUAUUUGCUGAAGAAGAGGUUCAAGAUGUGGACUCCAUUCUGCAUUUCAUACCUGCAUUGGUUAACAGCAAUGAUAAUCACAUGUUAAUGAUGUUACCUACCUCAGAAGAAAUUAAAGGGGCAGUUUGGGACUUAGAUAAAGAUAGUGCAGCUGGUCCUGAUGGAUAUAAUGGGGUCUUUUUCAGGAAUUGUUGGCCAAUUGUUGGGGCUGAUGUGGUUUUGGCAGUGCAGGAUUUUUUCCAAGGAAAUGUGAUUCCUAAGGCUAUGGGAAGCUCUCUUAUUACUCUAAUUCCUAAAAGAGAUAAAAUUUCUUCCUUUUCUGACUUCAGGCCUAUUAGCCUUUCUAAUUUUAUUAGUAAAGUUUGCACUAAACUUCUGGCUACCAGGCUUAUGUCUAUCUUGCCAAAGUUGAUAUCUAUUGAACAGGCUGGUUUUAUGAAAGGGAGAGAUAUCUCAGAUC